UUAAGGAGGUAGAAGAAGAAGAAUAGGAAGCAAAUACCCGGAAAUCAGUCUGAAGGUCUUCUGUUAUGAGUUUAGGUAAUACGGCUGUGGAUAAGAACUUGACGUGAAAAUGGGCGUUAAAAUAGAGAUGUUCAGAAUGAUGCUCUAUUUAUCUUUUCCCGUGACCAUGUUUUGGAUCUCAAACCAGGCCGAGUACUUCGAGGAGUAUAUCGUUAAGAGAAAGAGGGAAAUCUUCCCACCGGACGAAGAAUCACGGAGAAAGGAGUUGGAAAACUUUAAAGAGCGGAUGCGCGUUCGAAGGGAGCAACAGAUAUUAAAAAAAAUGUCAGAAAACUGAAGAUUUUGUGGUCAGGAAAAAUAUUUGAAUGUUCAGUGUAAAAACAAAUUUCUGUGAAUAUUUGCUUGAGGAAAAGAGAUUGCUUUAAUCUGGCAUGAGACAACAGAAAGACCUGCAAGACUAAUGCGAUCUGAAGGUGUGUUUGGCAGUUUUCAAGGAUUUGCCUGAUGUUAAAUUUAUUAAUGACAUAUUUUUAUACAAGAUUUCUUUAUGUUUUAAUUGCUUUUUUUUCCUUUGGGUAUUUGUGAUACAUACUAUGUUAUACAUAGUUUUCUGGAACUACAUUUUUUUAUGUGUGAUGCAGAUUAAACAUAUACCCUGAAUGUAUUUGACCAACUUUGUUAUUUUAUUUUUGCCUGGUUUGAUCAAGGAUAAUUUUAAAAAGAAGGAAAAACAAACAGAACUUGUAGGAGGAUUUAUUAUUAAAUCAGGUAAUUUUCUAGAAGUGCUGUAGUUUUCUGCAUAACCUUUUCAAGUUGCAGUUCACUAAAAGACUGCAGCUUAUGUGUGUUUUUUUUAAAUACAUUUAUGGCUACAAUGUUAUUAUCCAAAGAUUUAGAAAUCUUUCCAGAGAUGCUUGUACUCCUUUAUAAUUCAAAUGUGUAUAUUCAGUUCCUUUUAUUGUCUUGUGAAUUAUUUUAAAAAGAUCUAACUUAAGAAGGCUUGAAAAACAUCAAAUUAAUCAAGUCAAAAGGUGUGAAUCCAUAUGUACUAUAUAUUGCCAAAUGAUGAGAUCAGCAAAGUUAGGAUAAAUCAGUAUUUAAAAUAGUUAUAUAAAGAAAUCCUGUCGAACAGUCUGAGAUUGUUUGAGCUAUUCUUGUCAUUAGAAUGACUGUUUCAGAAUUCACUUUCUAUUUUUGUUUGUUUUACUCAGCAGGCAGGAAACUCUUUUAAAACUCAUAUACGUCACAACUAAAUUUGUCACCAUGCAACAUUUUACUUGAUGAUUGAUGUGUUGCACUCUUACUGGUUACAACUUGUUUUAAGAGGUACUUUAAGGAGCUUUUGAGUUUUGGCAUGCUUAGAAAUGAUACCAUGAGCCAACUUCCAUCCAUUAAUUUUCUGUACACCCUUGUCAGGAGGGGUGCUGGUGCCUAUGUCCAGCAAACUUUUUGGGCGAGAGGCGGGAUACACCCUGGACAGGUUGCCAGUCUGUCACAUGGCAUGAACCAACUUACAGCAGCUCAAUAAGCUCUCCAGGAUGAAUACCCUCGAGAGAAUUGUGAUUCCUUUUCUGGACAGUCUUACAUUUUGGAUGUGCUCCUACAGCUAUAAACAGCUGAAGAUUGCAUGGUGAAAAGGUGUUGACAUGUGUUACCCAAAGCCCAUUGGAUGAUUGCCUUUGACACAUUUGGCAGAGAGAAGUAUCCAGAAACAUAUCUCUCAGUUUGUGAAUUUAUUUUGUGCACCUGUUCUAUUUUUUUUUAAUUAUAAUUAUUAUUUUUUUUGCCGUCAUUCAUUUUGAAAAUGAGAUUUACUUGCAUGAUGGUAUUAUAAUAUGAAAGGCAGAUCACCAUUAAAGAUAUUGUUUGGC